GUGGAUUUCUCCUGUACAAGCCAAUGAACGGAAGCUCAUUUAUUUAUGUAUGUGCUGAGGAGGAAACUUACUCCACAGUCUCCCCACCUCUUCCUGCAAAAUGUUAGCUCUCUUUUGCACCAAUCCCUUCGGGUCCUGAAUGAAAAGAAGCGAGCAGCAGCGGAGCCGGGGUGCAGAAACUGCUGUUGUGAACAUCACUCCUGGCUCUGCUGCACACCUCAUAAAUAAUUGCUCUCACCUCAUUUGAGCUACAGAGAGAAGCAAAAGCCGCCUGCCCGCAUCUUCUUCAGCAAACCUAGGGUACUCUUUCGGAGAGGCAGGACUGAGCCCUCAGUUAAUGACUGACAUCAUCCAGGAAACACGCUUGCUCGCUAUUUUAUUUUGUCUGCAUUUCCCCCGCCACCGGCAGUAUCUUGAUGGGGAAGCUGAUCUCCAAAGGCUGGCGGAAAAGAGAUGCUCGAGUUAUCAUGCUGGGGCUCGACUUUGCUGGCAAAUCCACCCUGCUGUACAAACUGAAGAGCGGCCAGGCUGUGGAGACCUGCCCCACGGUGGGAUUCAACGUGGAGGCUCUGAAAACACCUUGCGGUGUAUCCUUCACCCUCUGGGAUGUGGGCGGACAGGACAGCCUGCGGGCCAGCUGGCCUAACUACCUGGAGGACAUCAACACCCUCAUCUUCGUGCUUGACAGCACAGACAUGGCCCGGCUGGCCGAAGCCAUGGCAGCGCUGGAGGAGGCCCUGAGCCACCCCGGCAUGGCUGGCGUCCCUGUGCUCCUGCUGGCCAACAAGCAGGACGCGCCGGGAGCGCUGGCUCCUGCCGAGCUGGGGGAGAUGCUGCGGCUGGGGGGGCUGGCGAGGCACCGCUGGAUGCUCCGGGGCUGCAGUGCCCACACGGGCCGGGGCCUGCAAGAAGUCCUGGCCAUCCUGGGAAUGCUGCUGCGGGGCUCAGAGCACAGCUCCCUCUCCCAGGUGCAGCCCGUGACGGGGCUGGCAGAGAGGGGGCAAGAUCCGGAGCAAACCUGAACCUCACAUGGGCCCUUCCCGCUCACGGCUGCCAGCAGCUUUGUCACGGGGCAUUCCAGCCUCCAGGCACCCCUACAAGGAGCUGCAGCUGGCACACUGUGAAACACCCAGCUCCUCACCACCGCAACCCACCAGGAGGAUCUCUGAGCAAAACUCCCAUCAUGGAGCAGUUUUGGCCGCAUCUCUUGGACUCUCAUCUCUGGCUGCAGCUUGUCCCACUGUCCCCGUGUUCCACUCAUCCACUGCACUUGUGUGUCCAGAGGUUCAGCAAGGAUGCUUUUUAACAUCUAAGAAUUUUAACAGAGAUGUGUGCAAGGAACAGAAGUUUUCUUCAUUCUGCAGCUCUCAGCCCAGAUACAUCUAUCCAGAUGGGAUGAUCCUCGCACAGGGGGAGCUUGGAUGUGCCCCAUGCUCUCCUCUCUCAGCAUGGAUCACAUGUUCAUUGGAACACAGGAAAGCACUGAAAGGAAUGGCUGAAUGGGAGCAGUGUAAGCUCAGGACAACAAAUGGCCAAGCUACUAAUUUGUUUUAGUGUGGCAUCUCCAGGUAUAAUAAUCUUUAAGCCGUGGAAGCAAGUUGGGAUUUGAUGGUGUAAUGCAGUUCGAGGAUGUGUGUAUAUUAAUUUAUGCAUUUCUUGUAAUGGUUCUUUCUUUCUCCAUUCAUCAUUUUUACCAAAGAAUUAUUUAAUGAAAAUGGUCCCUCAUUUUCCUUGGAUUAUGUUUAAAUAUAAAGAAAUCAGACGUGACUUUAAGAUGCUUGGAAAUACGUCACCAUGGCUAGCCAACCUCUAAAUAUCCUCAUGGUGGCCUGAAGAGCCAAGACAAAACCCUGUCUCAGACUUUUGAAACUGCAUGAGACCACUCCACAUGCAUUGGUUGGUAACCAUGGGCACCUCUGGGCACAGGCAGGUUGGUGACCAAAGGGCUCUCCACCCUCAGCUGUUUUCAGGGCAAAUGAAAACACCCUUGGCAGCUCACAACAGGACCAGGUCCCACGUGGCAGUGAUGGUCUUUGUCCAAUCCUGCUCAAUCUACCAUUGGAAAGACCUCUAAAAUGUCUAAAAUGUCAAGAUUCUGUGAUUCAGAGUUAAAAUUAAAAUAUUUCAUAGUAGUCCCUGCUUCCUUAUGAAAUGACUGGGGGAAGAGGAGGGAGAGGAUACAACAUUUUUAUUUCUAUUUUCCAUUUCUGUUUCUAUUCAGAAAUCAGCUGCUUUCAAAUAACAGAAUACUCAGCCUAGAAACACCAAGGAGAAAUACAUGGCAAAUCCUCCUCUGUUCAUACCAGAGCAUUUUACAGUUGUUAAGGAAUUAAUUGUCCAGCUGCUCCAAAAAAAAGUUGUCCUAGUUGAGUUUGCUGGUGUUUUGGUCUUGUGUCUCAUGUGGCACAAAACAGAGAAUUGUGCAUCAAGGUAAAUUCAACAGAGACUGAAAGGCUGUUGUGGUGAUGUCUUACACCUAAGUGCCCCUUGAUGCCUGCAUUUGAUUCUACAGGAUUGUCUGCUGGUAGUAAAAAGAGGAACUGAAAUCUUCCCAUUUUCCUCUGAGUGUUUUCUAAGCUCUUUAAAAAGAUAAAAAAUAGGCUUUUCUGGCAGCAAAUAGAGGUAACCACUAGCCUUUGGCAGACAUCACCAAUUAAAAAUGAAAACAGCAAGGUGGGAGGUGGGGAAGAAAGGGCGAUGGGAAUCCUGAGGGUCUGAAAUUGAUGAAGUAACGUUCCAGUUGCUGAAAUUGUUCUCACUUCCCCUGAAGCAGUAAUUUGGCAAAACACCCCAUCUCAUGGGGCAUCAUGUGAUUUACCACCCUUGUUUUCUGGAAUAAGGCUUUUCUGGACACUGGGUCACAUUACUCAGCCCAUUUAUGCCAUUGUUCAGAGACUGUCAGAGCAAUGACGGGUCAUAAUAUUUGAAAGAGCAACACAGAGUUUACUUCUAAUGAUUUCUCUUUUCUCCUGUGUUGGACAGCUGCUAAAACAAGUCAGUCUAAUGAGCACUGCACUGCUCUAAUCAAAGGCUUGCAGGACGCUCACCCAAAACAGCACUUAAAUGUUUCGGUGUCAAAACUCCUGCCUGACUCAAAGGCAGUCUGCAGGACGCAGCCAGCUCUAGGGAGGGAAGUUUGUUACCUCUUUCCUGGCAAUUCUGCGGGAAAGCCCCUGCCACAUGGAGUGACAUUAAUCCCUAAAACAUCUUUCCUCAUGGAUUUCAGCCAGGAGAGCACCCUCAAACUUAGUUUCCAUCUUCCUGGGCUUGUGAUAGGUGUCACAGUCUCAGCACUGAUUUCUAAAAAUAACACAGCUUCUCUCUGGAUAGCAGGUAAAAGAAAAAUCCGUAGAACUUUACCUCAGGUUCCUCACAAAUUUGAAGCAUCCUUCCACUUAUUUGUCCCAGAGCCCACUCUGGUUGCUCAAGACCCUUUUUUAGAAACUUUGCUGGAUGCACUCUGGUGUGUAUUAACCUUUACAGGGACAUACCCAGAAUCCAUAAUUGUGCAUUAACCUUCCCAGCCACCCCUCCACUGAGAUGAGCCAUACAGGUAAUCAUCUACCCUUGCUUGGAGCUGUCACAGCAGCCUCCCUGCCCAGGCCUAUUAGCAAUUCCAGCCCCUGGGCCUCCCAUCCCAUCUCUGUUUUGCAGGGAUCACUGCAGUGGGAGUUAGCACCAUGUCUUGCUGUUUUUUCAAGGACACCAAGACACUUCAUUGCUCUUUCACACUGUUGAUGAAAGGACAUAGCUUAUUCCUCACUGAUUUACUAACUUUUCUGUGGGACCGGUUUUUAAAGCCACUUCCCGAGUAUGAAACCAACACAGAUUUAUUUUUUCAUUCUUAUCAAG